AUGUUCGUUUUCCACCAUGAACUGUUGUCUCAGAUGCCUGUUGAGAGAAGAUGGCCGCCAUACGCACUUUUGCCUGACGGAGGUUGGCACCUCCAUGCCCCGUUAGAUCGGCCGUGGGUUUGUAAUUAUCUGUCCUCAUCUUUAGCAGUUUAUGGAAGGAUAAUGUCUGGUCGGUAUCCCUUGUCGGCAUCUUCUACCAUUAUUCGCCCCUUGACGAAUCUAAUCGCCGCUUGCGGAACCUUGCAGGACACAGCUAAUUUUCGAAGUGGCUGUGUUUUAAAGGGUAAUGUUGUUUACGCCGAGAUGCUGGAAGUCAAAAUACUAAAAAAGCGACUAAUAAUGGUGAAAUUAUGCAGGGACAUUAACAUAGGCGGUGAAGUGGCCAGCUGUGAUAGAGAGCAGUCGAGGUGA